AAGAAGUGUAUUUUUAAAGUCUGAUUAGGAUAGAUAUAUGAGAUUUAACAAAUUUUUAAUUUUUUUUCUUUACAAUUUUAUGUUUUUAAUUGAAAAAAAGAAAAAAAAGUCUAGAUAGAUUUUUCCGAAAAGAAGUUAAAUCUAGAUUCGAAAUAUUGCAUACAAGAUAAUAACGUGGACGUGUAGAUAACCGGAGAAAUUUAGAAUAGUCAAGUUGUUGACAUUAUUUAUAAAUGCAGGUGCAAAAUGUCAGAAUAUUGGAAAUCUGUCCCAAGAAAAUUUUGUGACUUUUGUAAGUGUUGGAUCACUGAUAACAAACCAAGUGUUGAUUUUCAUGAGCGUGGAAAAAGACACCAGGAAAAUGUGGAACUUCGGCUUAAAGAGGUUCGAAAGAAAAGUCUCCAGAAAUCAGCUGAUGAUGAACAGCUCAAGAAAGAUAUGGACAAAAUGGAAAAGGCUGCAUUAGAAGCGUUCAAAAAAGAUCUUAAAGAUAAUCCAGAACUUGCCGCAAAGUAUGGAGUGUCUCUUGAACCAAAGCCUCAACCUAGCAAUUGUACAGAGAAACCUUACCAAGACAAAGCCAAAGAAACACAAAAAGAAAAGAAAGAAAAAGUUGAAAGUAAAAAGAAAACAAAAGUAAAAGAAUGGUGGGAGGCAGUUACACCUGAAGGAUAUCAUUAUUACUGGAGCACUGCUACUGGAGAGUCUGUUUGGGAAGCUCCUGAAGAUUAUCUAUCUCUUGCUGAACAAGAGGCACAGAAGACACAGAAUGUAUCUCAAGAUUUAGAUGUAGUAGAGAAAGAAGAAACAAAAGAUGCAACAGUCAAAGAAACUGUAAAUCACCAAUUUAUUUCUUGUCGAUUUAAUUUCUCAAAAAACACCACCAGUAGUAGUUCAGGAAGCAAAGGUUACAUUUAAAAGUUCUACAAGCAAUAACAGAUCUGCAUAUGGAUCCUGGAGUGUAGUGAAAGAAGUUGAGUAAGUUAUUUCACAUGUAUGCUCACUAAACUAAGUCAACACAUUUUUUGUGGUUAGUUAAUCUAUUCUGCAUCGCUAGUUAUAAAAGUUGCGAUCUAUAAGGCAGAUGAUGUAAAGGUCAUCUGUUUCUGUGUCCCAAGGUUAUAACAUGACAUCAAAUACAAAACAGAAAAUGUAUGUAGUUCAUAAUCCUACAAUGUAAAAACAAUUCUUUGGCUUUUUAAAAAUAUUCACAGUGUAAGCCUCUAUGUUUCUUAUACUCAGGUGUAAUGAUAAUGAAAUCAGAUAUUACUAUAUAAAACAUACCCAUUAAAAAUAACUAAACAUUAAGUAUUUUAUACUUUAGAGAAUUCUAUUGAACUAAACUGGAAAAACUGAUACAAUUAGUUCUAUAAAAUUAAAAGAUCUUUACUGUAUGCUAAAAAAUGUGUCAUUUUUUAAAGUACAUUUUUGCUUUGAAAUUGCAUUUUGUUUUCAUAGGCUAAUAGACUUUUUAAAAAGAUUUUAAUGGUCCCUAUUUAUCAUCUUGUCUUGGUAAACAAAUUACUUGGGGUUGGAAGUUUGUUUUUCCUUAUAUAUUCUAUGCAUUUUGCAGAUCUUUUUUAAAACUGAAAGCAUAACAUUAAGCUGUAAAUCUCAAUGUAACUGAUUUGGAAUAAAAUUCUGUAAAAAAAUACUGAGGGUUGGGAUAAAACCCAAUAGGGGUUAUAAUUUCAGUGGAAUCAACACAUUAGCAGUACUUUCUAUAUCAAAUUAACCAUUUUAAUAUGUCUAUAUCUUAUGAAAAUUAACAAUCGCAAUAUCAUGUUUAAAAUCAAGCAAUACUGACAUUUUUUUGUCUAAAACAUGAUCCAUAGUUAUUGACAGACUGUGUAAAUCCAGUACACUGCCAAGCAAAUCCUUUAAUUUAAAUGUAAUUUUUAUAAAUAUAAUUUUUAUAAAUACUUAGUGUUCUUUUUUAAUAUUUUUUUUUAUAAAUUACAGUAAAUAGGGCCUAUUAAAAAAUUUUAUUUAAAAAAUAAGUAGACCAAAGUAAAUCACUAUUUAUAUGACAUUUUUUGUACUUUAAAGAAAUUAUCAUUUCUAAAUUAUUUCUCUAUUUUGUAGCAAUU